AUGUACAGGUUACUUAGUGCCAUUGAUGUAUUUGUCAUUGCUGAUAACGUGGUUUACUAUUUUUGUAAUCUGCUCAGAUAUCUGGCAACCACAUUCUUUGCCGCUACCUACGCCCGAACAGUCUUUCCAUGCUAUGAUGAACCCGGGCACAAAGCAAGAUUUAACGUCAAAAUUCGGCAUCGAUCGCAUCAUACGGCCCUAUCGAACAUGCCAGUAAUCAGAAGCACAAUGAUCGAUGGUUAUAGCGAAACGACUUUCGAUACUACUCCCCUCAUGUCAACCUACUUGGUGGCCUUUGUCGUAUCGGAGAUGAAAACGCUAUCUUCAAUUGGUGAGCUGUUCCGGGUGUAUGCACCGGAAAACAAGGUCAACUACACGGUUUACGCACAUGACUUUGCGGUACGAGCAGUACGUGCACUGGAGAACCAUUUCGGUCGCCAGAAUCAGAUGCGGAAAAUCGAUCUCGUCGGUAUACCUGACUUUGCGAUGGGAGCAAUGGAGAACUGGGGAAUGAUAACGUUCCGCGAGGACUAUUUGAUCUACCAAGAUGAGGAAAAAACCACAGCCUUAGCAAAGCAAAAGAUUGCAUCGGUUAUAACGCAUGAGCUGGUGCACAUGUGGUUCGGUAAUGAGGUGACUCCCGAAUGGUGGACCUAUGUCUGGCUGAAUGAAGGUUUCGCCAACUUUUUCGAGUACUACAUAACAUCGCAGCUCGAGCCAGCGUGGAGAUUGUGGGAUCAAUUUAUCUUGGAUAAUGUACAUUGGGCGCUAUCCAAAGACUCGCAUAGUUCUGUCCGACCGAUGAAUUACUAUGCUACAGAUCCUGCAGUUUUGAAUGGAUUGUACGACUAUGUGGUUUAUGAAAAGAGUGCUUCCGUUAUACGGAUGAUACAGAACGUGAUUGGCUUCGAUACGUUCCAGCAGGCUAUCAAUGAUUACUUACGAUCACGUAGUUAUCUCACAACGAGGCCGCAGUAUCUGUAUACCAGCAUUGAAAAGUUCCGUACAGUCGAUCUUCCGGCUAGUGUUGAGGUCAUCUUCGAAAGCUGGGCCAAUACGCCAGGCUAUCCCGUUGUAACGGUGUCCAUCGAUCGUACCAAACGAACACUCACUGCAUCUCAGAAGCGUUUUUGGAUGCCGAACGAGCUCGAUACGCCACCCCAAAACAUGUUAUUUUAUAUUCCCGUGAACUACGGCUCCAAUGUACCCACGUCGACCGACUUUGAAGAUACAACGCCUACAUUCUGGCUGACACCGCAGGACCCUACGGCAACCGUUUCCCUUGAGGCGGGAGUCGAAUGGGUCGUAGUCAACAAACAGCAGACGGGGUACUAUCGUGUGAACUACGACGAUGAAAGCUGGCAUAAACUGAUUGAGGUACUAAAUAGUGAUCAGUUUGAGGAUCAGCUGCCCGUAAUCAAUCGAGCACAGCUAGUAGACGAUGUGGCCAACCUUGCUCGGGCAGGUGAAGUGGGAUACGAUGUAGCACUGUCCCUGAUGCAGUAUCUGGAGCGUGAAACGGAAUACAUCCCAUGGGCCACGGCGUACAAUGCGUUGCAACAUCUAGAUCGAAUGUUCUCUAGCCACAAAGAAUACAAUCGAUUCGAGAACUAUGUAGGAAUUUUAACCUCGCAUGUGUUUAACGAAAUGAAUCUAUUUGAUACUGAAAGCCAUCUGAACCGUUUACAUCGUGACAAGUCCGUUUACUUGGCGUGUUAUUUCGGUGUUGAGGCGUGCUUGGAUGCUGCAACUAAAAUAAUAGAAGAAGCACUUGCCGAGGAAACGUUAAACAUUCCCAAAGAAUUGCAAAACGCCGUCUUUUGUGCAUUGCACAAAUAUGAUCUGCUCGUUGAAGGAGACUAUGGCUUGGAGAUUUUCCAAAAAUACUGGCUAGCGACAGAUCAAUACCAGCCGUUGAUGGAUAAGUUUAUUAAUGCGUUGGGAUGUUCCCGCAAUCUGGCCAUGAACGAGUUCUAUCUACAAAUGAUUGAAAUAAAUGAAACCGCACUUCCGAUCACGGUGAGCAUGAAAAAUAACAUCCUGAACAGCAUGAUUAAAGGAGGUCCGGCAACACGGAGUGCAGCGUUCCGCUAUGUAAGUGCACGAUUCGAUACGGUCUCAAACAUGCUCAAUCAUGAGCUUUCGGCGAUGUUUAACGCUCUCGGCGACAGUGUUAACUCUCCAAGAGAGUACGAUAUGCUGAAAGAGCUCAUACAUACUCACCAAACAUCCUUGAAUCCUUCAUCGAUGCAGGCAGCAACUCGUGCUCUUGCACAGGCAGAAGAAAAUCUGCACUGGAUUGCGAAACAUUCUGGCGUGAUUGCGAAAUGGCUUGUUGAGCAAACGUUUGAAGGUGACGACGACGAUGACAGCGGUGCAGAAGCUAUUACUUCUGAAGCAGGUUUGUUCGUGUCGUUAGGGAUUAUAUCAAUUUCACUGCAGAUGGUAGAGUAUUAAAUGAAGGCACAACUCGCGACGGGUUAGGCUUAUCUAACUAUCGGCACUUUGUCACGGCAAAAUAAAACAUUGCGAAGCACUAAGAGA